AUGAUGAUGCGCUCUCUAGGACUGAGAUCCCUACGAUAUCCUAAAAAGUCUUUCAUUUACUUUAAAAGGCUCACGAAUAGCAAGAAUAAUGUGAAGUUUGCGGAGCAGAUGGAGCUUUUCGAUACAUCUAUACCCACCAUGGAGAAGAUUCUAACCAUCCUCCAACAUGCUGAAAACAACAAGGAGCAAUCAGCGGUGCCAGAGAAUAAAGAAUCAGUCACACAGCCCGAAGAGACAUCUCUUUCACAAACGAAAUUUCACUCAAUGCUAGGACUCAAAGUGUUGGAUUACAACUUGAUUCGAAUCCUCAACGAUGCAGAGGUGGUCGAAAAAUACAAAUCUUUUAUCAACGUCUCACCUGAAUCGUGUGAGGUAAUUCUCAAUCAUCACGCAGAGACACUUCGAGAGAGUCUACUUUGGCUGAGCGAUACCUCAGUUCUAUCUAAACUCGGAGAAUCAUUCAGGAAGGAUCCUGUGAGAAUGUCAAACGAGCUACGGCCCAAGUUGAGAGAAAUUGCAGCUCAGUCGCUCGUUGAUUUCGAGAAAGUUGAACGAAAACCCAAGUUCACCUACGACAUUCCGGAGAUACGAUUGCCUAAUCCUUUUCGAGGAUCAGUAGAUCAUCCAAUGAUAAUUCGCAAAGGGCUAAGUCUUAAGAAAAGACCUCUGAACCUUCUUUGCUUCUUGAUUGAUAACAAAGGCUUCCUCGAGAGCUUCUUCGGUAAACUUCGAAGCGCACUUCUGCCUGUCCUACUAUUGAACGUUAUGAAGUGUCAGUCUUUGGAGGGGAGUCGAGCCUUCAAAAUACUUUUGGUAAAGCAUUUAAAAAGCCCAGAAAGCAAGCAUUUCAAAACGAAUCCAAUUGACUCGUUCGGCAAAGCCUCUGUCGAUGACUUGGAGGGCGAGAUGACAGUCCUCAAAGCUAUUGUCGCCCACAAAAGCAAAUUACUAACACGCCUCGAAUCUUUUGGCAUUUAUAAAGACAGCUUGGCAGAAGUCAACUCAAACUCAAUAAGAAGCUCAGAGGACAUUGUGAGGAUUUUAGCGGGCUCUUUCGAUCGUUACUUCGGUGCAUGCUAUAGGCUCGAUGCGAAAGGCUGCGACGAGUGGGUUGAACGGCUUCUUUCUUUCUACAACGAGAGCUCGAGCGAGAUGCAAUUAAUUGAGGAGCUCUAUCUAGAGAGCAUUAAUGGUUUUAGGGACCAGAUAUCGCAAGCUACGUUGAGAAAACUUCUGACAACGUGGACCCUGACAAAGCACAAACAGCAGAAGAAUUCAAAGAAGGCUAGACCUCAAACUUUGAGAUCUUCUUGA